UUUGUCCUUCCUAAAAUGGCUUUUGCUUAAUUGUAUCAAUAACGAUAUUAGUAUGUUAAUGUUUCUUAGACCAACUUUUAGGUAUUUUUCUAUACGGAGAUUGAAUAGUACAUUAAGAGGGCCUGUUAUUGGAAUUAAUUUUGGUUUUACAAAUUCGUCUGUUGCAAUUUUAGAGGAAAGAAAAGCAAAGGUUCUCAAAAAUGAUGAAGGUUCUUUUACUACUCCCUCUGUUGUUUCUUUUACAAAAAAUGGUGGGGGUAAAUGUUUAGUUGGGGCUCCAGCACUUAGACAGGCUGUUUUGAAUAGUCAAAAUACUGUUUUUAAUAUUAAACGAUUAAUUGGAAGGAAAUUUGAUGAUAAAGAGGUGCAAGAUUUUAUGUAA